AUGCGUCGCACCGGGUCGAUCACUGCUCGAUCCCUGGGCCGGCAGAUCUUCGACCCUGGCGCGACCGCUGGGGUUACCUGGGGCAUCAUGCAGCCUCACUUUGGGUUUAGCGGGCAUGCGGCAGCCCAGAACCCGCCUCCCGACGGGCUGCAGGGCUGCUUGCUCGGCCUGCUGUUCCCUUGGGCCCCACCGCAGCAGGGCAAACAGGGUGCAAGCUGUGGGUGGCUGGUGUCAAAGUUCUCGCCGGGAAGAGCUCCAAUUGACCAGUUCAUCAAGCUGCGACGAAACAUGUUUGUGCAGGCGACAGGUCCUUAUGGCAAGACCAUCGACGCGUAG